UUGUUUGUUUUGGUUUUACCCAACUAGUGUGUACAUACAGUUUAAGCACAUUGCUAAGCAGCAACUGCAUUUGUAUUUUUUUAUUAUUAAUGGAUUUAAGGUUUAAUAAUCUUUAACUAUGGACCAUGAUGACAUAACACUACCUGCAGAUACAUUAGCUAUACUGAAUGAGUUCCUAGCAGAACGUACACAACGCGAACAUGAUGAGGAGCAGCGCAUGAUAAACAAAACCGGAAAGGAUGCACAUUUCGAGGAGGAUUGGCAACUUAGUCAAUUUUGGUACAGUGGGAAAACAAAAAGUGCUAUCGGCGCUGCAGUAGCUAAAAUUGUUAAGGAACACAAUAUGCCGGACUUUCGAAUAGCUUUAUUAUCCUGUCCAUCGCUUUAUGCUACUAUAAAGGAUAUUCAUGCACAAGUUAACAUCUUUGAGUACGAUCAACGGUUCGCUGCCUAUGGCACUGAUUUUGUACAUUAUGAUUUCAAUGAAGUUAGCGCAGAUUACUUAGUCGAUCAUCACAAAUGCUACGAUUUAAUCAUUGCUGAUCCACCGUUUCUAUCCGAGGAGUGCAUGACUAAGAUGUCGCAGAUUAUACUUAAUUUACUGCGUAACAGCGCAUCCAAAUUGGUCUUCUGUUCCGGUGAAGUGGUUGAGCCUUGGCUGCUGGCUUGUUUGCCUCUGCACAAGUGUGAAUUUCGACCGGAGCAUGAACGAAAUUUGGGCAAUGAAUUUGUUAGUUAUGCUAACUUUAAUUUUGACCAUUAUAUUGUAAAUAAAUAACACAUGCUUGAUCAU